AUGUCCAAAAAGCAACUCUUGGCUCACACUCAGUUGCUUCGUGAUUUGGCUGUGGCUCGAUCUCAAAACUCACCACACAAACAAUCCUCUCAACUCGAACUAGUCUCUAAAAAAGCACAGGAAUUGGGACUCACUCCACUCUCCGAAUGUAUUGCUGUUGAGUCUAAAUUACAUGAAAUAGCCUUUCAUAACAAUGAUGAGGUUUUUCUCUCCGAAUUGGCCUCUACGAUCAAUAGAAUAUCCAAUACGUUCAAAUCUUGUGCUGUUGUGUGUGAUUACUUUAAUUGGUGUCUAAAGAGUUAUACUACGACAUCAUCAUCAACAACAACUACACGUGGUACUUCUUCCUCUGACAACAACAGUACAACAACCACUACCAGCACCACAACUACAACUUCUAUCGAAUUGGAUAAUAUUUUACAAUCCUACAACAACCAAGACACUAUUUUCAAUCCAUCGAAUAUUGAAAUAUUGAAUAAUCAAUUGUUGUCAUCAUCAAAAGACUUACAUACUCAAUUACCAUAUCUAUUCAUAUACUUUAGAUGUUUAUCAGUUUCUCUAUCCGAUGGUAAUAUCUUGCUUGAAAAGUUAUCAUCUCUUUCUAACAUUUAUGAACAGUCGGUAGAUUCCUAUCAUUCUUAUUUGAUUCAAUAUGAAUUGUAUCAAAGCGUGUUAAAAUUGAAGAAGGAAAUGAAAAUUGAAGAAUGUGUACAAUUGAUUCUCAAAAUAUUGACCAGUUUCAAAUCACUACUUCAACCUACCAUCAAAGUAUUCAUGUUACAAUUAUUAGGAUCAACACUCUUUUCAAGUGUAUCUCAAGAAAUGUAUCAAAAGAUAUUCAAUGAAUCUUCGGUGUGGAAUACUAGUGCAACGGCCACCAACACCAACAACACGACCACCACUCCAAGUACUUCAAAAUCAAUGAAAAAAGAUCAAAGCACUUCACAAGUGAAAUCCAUUGAGAACACUGAAAAAGUAAUUGAAGAAGCUCUAUUAGUUCUUCUCACAUGUGAACAUUCAUUAUUUUAUAUUAUGAAUUUACAAUGCAAACCAUCUUCAUCAGCACUUGAACUUUCAUCAUUAACUUCAACAAACUCCAAUUCUCAUCCAAUUAUUUACACUCCUCUCUCAGCAAGUGAAGAACAAAUGAUCAAACUCUCAAAUAUUUAUGAUCAAUUAUGUCUUUCACUUUCAAGCAUCUGUUGUACUAAUUAUAAUAUUGGAUUUGAUAUUUUUAAACAAAUUAUGGAGAGAGGAAUUGGAAUAUUUAGUGAAAAUGCUCAUUUUUGGUUCCAAUAUGCAAUUCUUCUUUCAAACAACAAACUCUAUCAUCGUGCAUUUAAAAUUGUUGAAAGUGUUUGUAUUCCACUUGAACCUAGAAAUGUUAAAUAUUAUUUAUUUGCAUGUACCGUUGGUUUGAAAUUUGGAAAGAUUACAAAAAGUAUUUCAUUAGCUGAACAGGCGAUUGAUAUCAUGGAUGGUUCAAGUACCAUGACCACAAGUAGUAAUUGUAAUGGUGGUGGUGCUACUACAACUACUGAGGCGACUCCUAGGAAUGUAGGAGUUGCUACUACUAUUACUACUACCAAUAAUAAUAAUAAUAAUAAUAAUAAUAAUGGAAUUGGUUCUACCACCAAAAAUGUACCAACUUCCUCAUGGAAAGCCCCAUCGUCUUGUCUGAAUCAUUUAUUCCGCUCUAAACUCUAUCACAUGUUAGGAUUAUUGUAUUACAAACAAAGUAAGAAUGUUUCAACCAUGACUGAGAAGACUAAAUUGUUAAACCUCUCUAUAGAUGCUCUUGUGAAUAAGGUCUAUGAUAUGUAUGAUUCAAAUGAUUACAAAUUAUGUUAUCACAUUGCGUUGGUCUAUGCAGAAAUGAGAGAAUUGAAAGAAGCAUUUACUUUUGUGAAGAAAUCCAUUGCCUUGAGUCGAAUGGAUGACAAACAGCCAUGGAUUUUAUUGGCAUUGUUAUUCUCAUGUGAUAGACAUAAUCAUGUACAAUCAUUUAAAGCAAUCAAGAUGAUACUUGAACACUUUCCAAAUGAUAUUCAAUUGAAAUUACUCUAUGCUCGAAUGGAAGAAUUAUUAGAAUCUUCGAGUAGUAACAUUAGCAUUAGUAGUGGAGGAGGAGGAGGAACUAUGAACUAUGCUUCAGGUGAUCACUCCAUAACUACGACAACAACAACAACCACUACUGUACUGUUACCUUCGAAUGCGAAUAUUGCCAAUAGUGUCAAUAAUGCUGCUUCUAAUACAAGCAAUAAUAGCAAUCACAGUGGUGGUGGUGGUGGUGGAGGAGCUGGACAGACCAAUGCUGUACCAAUGACCAUGACUACAACAAAUACUUUUGGAAUCUCUUCUUCCUCUAGAUCUGUUAGAACCUAUUCGAAAUUGAGUGAUGAAUUAGAUAAGAGUUUAGAAUUAUAUACAACACCAACAACUAAUGUGAAUGACAUGUCUAGAAGAGGAACAUCUAGUGGAAGUUUAGGACCAUCGAUUAUAUCAAUUAGUGAAUAUAGACACAAAAAGAUUGAAUUAAUUCAACAAUAUAUAUUUAUUAGUGAGGCAUUGAGAAGAAAAAAGUUACUCGACGAUGCGACAUUUAACAUGUCAAAAGCCAAAGAAUUGAUCAUACAACUGGUGGAGGAAAUUGAAGAAAUUGAGAGUAGUAAGGUUGCAUCUCUAUUACCCUCGAAUACAACACCAAUUUCGACAUCGAAAAAGAAAUCAGACAAUAAUGCUUCUCAAUUGAAUAUGGAAGGAGUUCAAAAAACCUCACGUGAUUAUAUGACUAUUAUUGAUUUGCUGUUGAACAAUGGAAGAUUACAAAAAGAUGAAUCACAACAAGAGUUUAUUGAACUCUUAAUGAAAACAAAUGCAUGGAUUCAUUGUGCUGAGGGACGCAUUUUUGAAGAUGCUGGUAAAAUCAAAGAUGCAAUCAUUGAAUAUGAAGCUGCAUUGGUCAAUGACACUGAUUGUGAAAUUGCAUCACUCAGAUUAGGUGUUAUUUAUUACAAACAUGAAAAGCAAUAUACCAUGUCUAGAAAUUAUCUUCAGAAUGCUGUCCGUAUUAAUCCUUUCAACCACUUGUCAUGGUAUCAUUUAGGCAAAGUGCUGUCUGAACAUUUUGGAGAUGAAGAAGAGGCAAGUGACUGCUUUAUGAAUAGUUUGAAUUAUGAAAAGACUUGCCCAAUCAUUGAUUUUGGAAGUGAAUUUUUGUCAUUGUUGAUUUGA